CCCCUUGCUUCACUCGUGGUGAGGACGUUUUGCUUAUGAUCGCGAUGGAGUCCCCAAGCCAUGUCUUACCCCAUCAAAUGACCACCCAGCCUAGCCCUACCCCCGGGCUCACACCCAGUGGACACAACCCCCUGAAUUUGAUGAGCAAGCUACAGAAACCAGGGACGUACAGUUCUCCCCCACCGGUAGCCUGCCACCCCGAAAACAAUGUGUGUAAAUUGAUCGAAUACCGUGGGGCGAAAGUUGCAGCAUUUAUGGUAGACGGCCGUGAGUUGAUAUGUCUACCCCAAGCUUUUGAACUUUUCCUCAAACACCUCGUUGGAGGGCUCCAUACUGUGUACACCAAACUGAAACGCUUGGACAUAACCCCUGUUGUUUGCAAUGUGGAGCAGGUUCGAAUCCUACGAGGACUUGGAGCAAUCCAACCAGGGGUUAACCGAUGCAAACUUAUCUCGUGCAAGGAGUUUGAUAUUUUAUAUGACGACUGUACCAACUCAAGUGCGCGGCCCGGUCGUCCCCCGAAGAGGUCCCCGUCUAUACAUGCUAGCCCUGAGACGAUAGAAAAACUGAAGAAGAGUCGGCUUGAUGGAAGUGAUUACCAGUUCGACCCAAGGCUCUAUGGUCUUUCGUAUUUUCCAGGAGACCGGAAGUCCCUACUCAAUGGCUUCCCACACCACCCGUAUGCUAUGGGGCCCCUUCCUUUCAUGCCCCUCACUCACCCCAUGAUGUCCCCACCAGUCUCCAUGGCAAUGGCUCAGCACCUCGGCCUCAGACCUGACGGGUCAAUCAUCAAGGACAGGUCAAGCUCAGAGUCGGAUCUAAUGUCACCCAGAGGUCGCGAUGACGUCAUUGGCAAAUCCCCUUAUGAUACAGACCGGGUUCAUCCCCGGAUGAUGGACAACGAUUCAAACAAACCACUCAACCUCCACGUUAACGGGCAUUUGAAAGACGCUUAUAAAUCAGUCGGCCCUCUCAGAAGUGAUGAUGAUGAUGACGACCCUGAUGAUGACAAAAUGUCAGAGGAUGAUAGAGACGACGAUUUGGACGACAGUGUUGACAUCAACGAGUCUUUCCAUGCCCCGGGGGAGGUAGGAGAGAAGGUUGGGGUGGGGCAGCAUGGACACACCCCUCAGCUGUUGAACGGAGAGGCUACAGGGAUCUCAUCAAUCGAAACGCUCCUUCUCAACAUCCAAGGCCUCCUCAAGGUCGCAGCAGAGAAUGCACGUCACCAUGAGAGACAGAUAACGCUGGAGAAAGCUGAGCUGAAGAUGGAGCUGCUGAGAGAAAAAGAAGCUCGAGAACAGACAGAGAAGCAGCUCAUGGACGAACAGAAAAACAGAGUGAUCCUGCAGAAAAGGCUGAAGAAGGAGAAGAAAGCCCGGAGGAAGAUUCAGGAACAGUUGGAGAUUCUGGCUCAACAGGGAGGGCAGUCCGGAGUACCCCUCGACUGCAAGGCUCCAAACAGCCCGGAGUCAACCAGAAAUAACGCAGAUUCAAUCGACCAAGACUCAGACGGCGAUAAACACAGCCAAUGUGACUCGGGGAAGAAGACACCAGAUCUCUCUGACGGUCGGUCAAAUCAUCGAGACAUCUUUGAAACCUUCCCGCCACCCCAUACUCUUAGCAGCACCCGCUUUCCCUACCUCCCAAUGGUACAGAAUGAAGUCCAGUGAUCGUCACCAUAACAACAUAUCUAGUUGUCAUAGCGACAGGCUGUCACGUGACAGUCCGCCAUCUUGACUCCUCUGAUACUUUCAGAGUAAUGUCUCAGAACUCAAGGUCUCAGAAAACGUAGAGGUCAUAGUUGACCAAGCUUCUGGGUCAGUCUGGAAGCUACCCUGUCUCUAACGGUACUAGCCUCCGGUUUAGGGACGACGACUGUAACGACAAACUAAAGACUUAGAGCACUACAGCCCGACCUAGAUAGGAGGCGAGGCGGACAUUGUACAUAUGCCUUCAAGAAGAAGAAUUGGCUUCAUCCUAUUGUUUAGAACGUGCAGCAGGGGCCACAAGUGGCGUACUCAAGAACGGCAGAUUUGAUACAAGGUCAAGGCCAGGAAGGGCAGAUAACUGAGCAGGCCCGCUGCACAAGUGUACGAGUUAGGUUAGAAGAGGGUUGUCCAUAUAUGUACGACAUUAGAUUAGAUUUCACUACACUUGAGAUGUGUGCGCCCUUGGUGUGUGUGGUCUGUGUGUUGUACUUAUAAAACACUGGCGGAACAUUUGCCACUACUUAUCAUGGUUGUGACAAAUACAGCUCAAUCUCAAUAAUAACAAUGAUGAAUGUCAAAUCUUGGAUCUACCACGCGUUAGAUGUAAUCUCAGACGUUUAGACGGAAGUGUUGCUUAAUAUUGGUAUAAAUGCGUAUAUUGUAUGUCUGCUAGAAUUGUAGGGUGCGACGACAGUACGUGGUGCGGCGCGACGAAACGGAAUCAAAAUGGCAACAAGUAUUAUUUAUUCACUGGCCGUACAAUAAAUCACAAUAGAAUCAAAAUUUAGAAUUAUUCUAGAUAUCCAGGAUGCAUUUUUUAAAAAUCAAAAUGAAUGAUAUCGUGACAAGAAUCAGACCACUGAAACUUACGUCACAUUAUGAUUGCCAAUACGAUCAUCUGUUGUAUUUCAUGUAAUAUAGGAGAAGAGAUUUCGAGGCGAAUAUCGCCAUGCUUCGCGUCGCGUCGCGCCACAUUGUUCGCGCUCUCUUUGGUUACUGACAUGGUUAUUGUUGUGUUUUUGCAAUAUAAUUACAAAUGUUGGUUUAUAAAAUGCCUGUAUGAAUCACUGACGUUACUAAGUUGGUCAAUAUUUGACCAUGUUCAGUACAUCAAAUACAAUGUACGCUACGGUGCAAAUUCUCAAAGGUCAUCAAAAGACAUGAAAACCUAAAUGCUAGCUACUGAUUUAACGCAUCGCCGUGACUAAUUUAACCAGACAGUACCAGAGAAAUCAUAUUUCUUGUAAAUGCAUAAUAUAUACUACUCAACGCCCAUAGGGAUAGGAUAAGUUCCUACUGUUGAGACCAGUUUGGUAAUGGAAAUGUGUAGGAAAUUAUCGUGAAGCAUCCUAAAUGGACGUCGAUAAUGAUGAUUUCAAUAUUCAUAGUUGAGUAAGAUAUACAUACUGAACACAAAAAGUUAAGGAACAUGAUUAUUUUUGGGGUGUUUUUUUAGUAAAGACUGAGCACAGAAUUACUCAAAUAUAUUCCUCAUAUUUAUGAUUCAUAACUUUUUUUCGUUCAUAUUUGCGUACCGAUUGUUAAGCCUUUAAUGUAAGUCGGCUUUUGUCAUGUUUUCAUGUUUGACUUUGAGAAAUAUUUUAUUACAGACUCUAGAAACGUUCUAGCUAUAAUAUGGUGCUCUCGUUGGUUUCAACCAAAUAUCUAGUAUCUAGUAGACGGCCAAAGAUAGACACUAAAGCCAGUCAAUAGCAUUCUAAAUUUAGCUUUAAUUUUAAAAUUUAAGUGGCAUAAUUUUAGAUGGACUUUGUUUUACUAGGUGUUCAAGUUAAUGACAUUUGACUUUAGAUUAAAUGUCUCCAGCGUUCAUAAUGCAAUGCCAUUCCUAAAUCUAGUCGAUUUAAAACUGCCCAAUGCUGUUCAUCAUUGAAUAAUUUAGUUGUGAUAGAUUUCAUGUAACAGGCGUACGUAUUACAACUCAUUAUCACCUUAGUCAAGGAAAGCUGAACACGAGAAAAAUAAACUGUUUCUCAGACGUGUCACUAAAAAACCUACGCAUGAGUACUUUUUUUAAAAUUCAUAUUUUAUAUGUCUGCAUGUUCAGUCCCCGUUCAGAUCGUGCUGAAAAACGCUCAUUUAGUUCUCAAACCACGACAUCCCCCCCCCCUUUCAAUCCUCUUUGUCACACCUGUCUUUACACUUUUAGAAACAGAUACAAUUCAAAAAUUUCAAAUUGUUUCUUCUAUUUAUCGAACCAAAUACUCGUAUUCUAAAAUCAGUUCAAGUAUUCUGAAAAAAAGUAUUAUAACGUUUACGACAAUGUUGUCUAAUGUAAUCCGAACCUUAUAGCUGGGCAUAAUAAUUGUUCUUACAAGUAAAAUUUUAUCUAACUAGGUUUAUGUAUUGAAAGUUCGUUUGAUCUGAGUUUCGUCAAACGUCCAGUGAAAAAUAUGCCAAAGUUAGGCACAUUUGCUGUAGGAACAGUACGCUGAUUACAUGCCGCUUUCACGGUGCCCGGAUGACAAAGAUCGACCGAGGGAAAUGCUUCACGCUUGGUUGAAUACUGAGCUCCAAUAAUGAGAUAUUCCCAAUAAGGGUAUUGACACGAAACAUUAUCCGUAAUGGCUACCUCUUCAACUUGUUGAUUAAGGAUUCAUUUCUACGGAUCUACUGAUUGCAGCCGAAACCUAUGAGUUAUGGUUUAUUCAAUAUCGAAAGCAUCAAUCUAUAUAUGAAGUAUUAUUGUCCUUGGACUAUGAUCAUUAUAUCAUUUGUUUUUAUAAUAUUUUUUCAUUUUUCAUAGCAUUCUUGUUUCGGUCUCGUCCUGUCGUGUUCAGAUUUUGAUGACGUAAUUUAGUGACGUCAUUGCAAUGGCGACACUAGAUAAUAUAAAUGUUAGUGAAAAUAACUAACAACCGUGAGAUUCAUUUUCACCACUUCUCCACCCAAAUGUGAUUGAUAAUAACUUGUUUGAAUGUGAAUAUUUUGAUAACGUAUAUAUUUGUAUGGUGAUGUGUCACCAGCGAACACUUUGUCGCCAUAUUUCCCCCAUGUACUAAUGAUUUAGUUGUAGUCAUUGUUAUUUAGAUUUUAUCGAAAUUGGUUGAACUUUUGCCACUGUUUGGUUAUUUUCAUAAAUUAUUCUCAAUUUUUAUUAGUACGUGCCAUCUUUAGUGCCAUGUAAAUCUGUCAUUUUCUGAUCAUUUUAAUCAAAUCGAUAAAUUUGCCCUUCUCAGAAAUUCCAAACGAUGGUCAGAUCUUUUAAAUCAAUGGUUUGGUGGCAACGCUGUUGUCUGAAGACUUGGUCUCGCAUAGAAAUUUCCUACUGCGUAUGUGUAACGGAAAUGAUGUCAUUUUGCCCUCGGGUUAAACAGUGUAUUGCUACGCGUCCUAGUGGCCUGUAUAUUUUGUGUCACUUUUGCAAUAUUUCGUGGAGACAUUCCUAUUUUGUCAUCAAUAAAAAUGUAAAAUAUC